UUUUCAGUUUAAGGUGCAGGAUAUAUACAGCGCAGACUGCAUGAGUUUUUUCCUCUCUUCCUUUCCCCUUUCUGCACCACUGCUCUGAUAUCUCUUACAUCUCUCGCAGACAUGAAUCCUCUGGGCUUCGCUGUGGUUCUUGGACUUCUGGUUGGGACGUGGGCUCAGGUCAACGUACUGCGGCCGCCAUGUGAUUCCCCUGAUGUGGAGGAGGCUGCGAUGGUGGCCCAGGAUUACCUCAAUGGCCAGCAUGUUCACGGCUACAAGUAUGCACUGAACAGGAUCGAGGACAUCAAGAUCUAUUCCGGGGCUGAUGGAGUCGACACAUACGUCCUUGAAAUUGACCUGCUGGAGACAAACUGUCAUGUGAUGGACCCCACACCUGUUGCCAACUGCACAGUCCGACCCAAAAUCUCGACGGCCGUGGAGGGAGACUGCGAUGUGGUGCUGAAGAAAGUUGCCGGAGUUCUGACUGUGACUGCGUUCAAGUGUAAAACAGACGAAUCAAGAGAGGACAUGUGCGGGGGCUGUUUCGAUCUCCUCCCUCUGAACCACACUUCAGGGCUGGACUUUGUGCAGGCCUCACUGGCGACCUUUAAUAACAAUACUGGGAAUGUGACUUACACCAUCAUGGAGGUUGGAAGGAUGUCGUCACAGGUUCUGUUUCCUUCGGCACGGUAUUCAGUAGAAUAUGUCGUGGUUGAGGCUAAUUGCACUGGCACCACCUGCAUUCCUCUGAAUGACCCCAUGGCUCAACGUGGCUUUUGUACUGCCACAGGUGUCAAAGCUGCUCACGAUGUGGACUGCAGGAUGUUCCCUGCUCCCAUGAUGCCCGUUGUAGAUGCCAACAGCACUGUGGCUGCAGCUCCAGCCAUGCCACCAAUGGUCCACGUACAUACAGGCAGUCUGCCACACAAGCACGGUCUGAGACACCACAAACUGACCUCUCUCCAUAACCCUCAUCUGAGUGGCCAUCUUUCAGCGUCAGGGGAGUCAGCGGAGUCCGCAGAAGUUGUACCUGUGGUCCCUGCAGUGGUCGAUGCUGCUGCACCUGUUGCAGCAACUGCAGAUCCCGCUCCAGCUGCUGAUCCUCCUGCUGCUGCUGAUCCCGCUCCAGCUGCCGACUCUGUAUCAACCUCAGAAUCCUCCAUUAGUAAAGAGGUCCCUGUUGCUGUGUCUAAGAGAGAUGUAGCUGCUGCUGCUGCUGCUGCUAUAUUAGCAGUCAAUAUCCCUGCAGCUCCUCCAGCAUGUCCAGGAAGGGUCAGAUUCUUCAGUUGAACAGAUCCCGCAGAGUCUCCUUCUUUGCUUUCUUCAGCUGUAUUGGUGCCAGUGUAACUUUAAUUGAUGCAGAAACAUGUGAUGUGGUAGGUUGAUGUUACGCAAUAUGUUUCCUACAAACCAAGAGUAAUCUAAAUUGUCGAAAGAGCGUAAUGUGUUGCAAAACAGGAAAAUGAUAGAGAUUUGCAUUUCAUUCUGAAUAAAUCUGUCAACUCCAA